AUGGAUGAGAAAGUUACUGAAUGGUUGAAGGUGUUGUCUAGGGGACCAAAUGAUGUUGUUAGAAGGUAUUCUGGUUAUGUUAUUAAUGGAUACAGGUUUCAUACAACAAAUCGUGAAGCAAGGCUUAAAACACAAAAUAGUGGUGUGACAUUAGAAGCGGUGACUCAAGUUCUUAGAAAUGCGAAGGAUGAAAAUCCCAAAAAGAUUUGUGUGACUUACUAUGGGGCAAUAAAAGAUAUUAUAGAGUUAGAUUAUUAUGGUCAUGAAAAAUAUGUAUUGUUCAAAUGUGAUUGGUUUGUGGAUGAAAAGGAUAAAUAUGGAUCGCCGUUGGUUUACUUUAACAAAAAAUGCUACAAAAAUGAUCCAUUUGUGUUGACAUCUCAAGUUCAACAAUGCUUCUUUAUUGAAGAUCCUUUAAACAAAAACAAACACUAUGUUCUAAAUGCACUUCCAAGGGAAUCAUUUGACAUGGGAGAAUCUUUAAGUACAGAUGUCCAAGAAUAUGAUAUUUCAACAAAUCUUAAUACGUUAAGGGAUGAUUGUGAAGUGGAUUUGGUUAGGAAAGAUUUGCCGGAUGAUAUCUUUGAAAUUCCUUUGUCAGAACUUCACAACCAAAAAGCAAUAGAGAGUGAUCACAGUGACACGAGUUAUGGAAGUGACGAUGAAACCGAUUAUGAUUCUAGUACUGAUUAG